AUGUCGACUCUGGAAUUGAUGAAAAGGGAGUGCUUUGCCUCAGGGGCCUCGGGGGCCUUAGGGGCCUUGUCCUCGGCUUCUUUGAAGAGAAGAUUGAUCAGGAGGAGGAGAGUCGCUCCAAGGGCCAACUCUCAGGAUGUGACCGCCGACUGUCAGCCGUGCAGGUGUUCCAUAUUGUCCGACUCUGGCAGCGGGCGAACUGUUCGACGGGUUCUGACGGCCUGCCUGCUGUCCUUCCUGGCCCUGCUGGGCUCCGUGUCCAUGGACCUGGGCUCCAACUUCCACCUGCUCCACUCCACGCAGGCCGCUCACGGCGAGCUCACGUCUUGCAGAACGGCGGCCAUCUUGCGCCUGCUCGGUAAGCUUCAAGCCGCGCGCCGCCUGCUCGGGAAAGACCACGCCAACGUCUCGGCAUGGGACCUCUGCAGCGAUGCCGCCACUGGUGGCGACGGCUACGGGCUCCCGUGCGACGACGAGACAGGCGCACUUUGCCAGGAGAUGGCGAGGACUGUCGGCAGGUUACUUGGAACAGGUGACAACCACACCUGCGACCUAUCUGCGCUCAUCGGAGGACUUCUUGAUAUGUGGGGAACGGUAGAAGAUACUUUGACCAGAGCCAGACGCGACUCCAACUGGAGGGAUGUUCUCGCUGCCAGACUCCUGCUCACAUUCAAAGAACUCAACCACCAGCUGAUGGACGUCCCCCACGUGCUGGAGCUACCAGACUUCCAGGACAGGUGGGAUUUUUUGUUGAAGCACUUGAGCUUUGCGGCGCUCAUGACGGAACAACUCAACGACUGCUGGUUGGAGAACAUCGACCGGAAAUUCAACUCCAGCCGGCGUUUCAAACACCUUCUGGACACCGACCUGUGGGAGCUCUCUCCGGGGAAAGACCUACCCGGGUCAGGCCUUGGACUCCGAGCUCUGACGGACACCGAGCACUGCCUGUUUGCUCGCUCGGCGCCGGCACUCAGGAAGGCGUCUCGGUCCUUGGCGUCGCGCCUCAGCAUGAAGAUCAGCCUGCUGGCCAUCGCCUGCCUCAGCUACCCGCUGGUCAUGUUCUCCUUCAAGCAGAUGACCGAGUGGAUACACGACUACGCCCGCAGACUGAAGGACAAGACCGAGGACUUGAGGCGUCAGAGGCAACUGGCCGAGGACCUGCUGCACCAAAUGCUGCCCAAGACCGUAGCCAGACAACUCCGCCGCCAUAAACACGUGGAGGCCGAGAGCUACGAGAAGGUGACCAUUUUCUUCUCGGACAUUGUUGGCUUCACGUCCAUCUCAGCCUCCUGCACUCCUCUGCAGGUGGUGGGCAUGCUCAACAACCUCUACCUCUGCUUUGACACGCGCAUCGACUCUUACGACGUCUACAAGGUUGAAACCAUCGGUGAUGCGUACAUGGUGGCCAGCGGUCUUCCCGAGAGGAACGGAGACAGACACGCCGAUGAGAUCGCCAAGAUGGCGCUGGAUCUGGUGGCGGCCGUCAGACAAGUGUCCAUCCCUCACAUGCCCGACCAGAGGCUGCAGCUGCGAGCCGGAAUCCACACAGGUCCGUGCGUGGCAGGAAUAGUGGGCUCCAAGAUGCCAAGAUACUGUCUGUUUGGGGACACGGUCAACACCGCCUCCAGGAUGGAGUCCACCAGCCUGCCUCAGAAGAUCCACGCCAGCUCCGAGAGCUACUUGGCGCUGGCCAAAGACAACGCCUACGAGCUGCAGCUGCGUGGAGAGAUUGAAGUGAAGGGCAAAGGCAAGAUGAAGACGUACUGGCUGCUGGGCCACAAGAACUACAGUGUCCAGAACGACAGUCUGGUCUGCCACUGGAACCCAAACAAGGCCAGGAGAAAGAAGCUUGUGGCAAGCAGUGACGUCUCUGUGGGCAACUCGUCAGUGACAGUGCAGAGCGUGAGUGAGAAGGUCUCCCUUCCCUCCAAUCCAAGUCCUUCACAGCCGGGGUGUGACCAGGCAGGUGUGAGUGUUGGGUGUGACCAGGCAGGUGUG